ACUAAGAACAGCGCUCCCCUUCACCUACUCAUACCCACUCAUCUGUGGGAGAAAGAAGAUGGGAGUAACGGAGCGUUCUUCGCCGGCCGUGGAGAUCAAUGGACUGAGAUUCACUUACCCUGGAAUUGACGGCAAACCGCCGCCCGGGUCGACACCUGUUAUUGACGAUUUCUCUCUCACGCUCAACGCCGGUGAUCGAUGUCUGCUCGUCGGUUCUAAUGGCGCUGGGAAAACAACGAUACUGAAGAUAUUGGGAGGAAAGCACAUGGUGGAGCCGCAUAUGGUUCGAGUGCUGGGACGAUCAACUUUCCACGACACUGCUUUGACGUCUUCCGGUGAUCUCUGCUAUCUUGGAGGAGAGCUUAGCAUUAGAGUUCCCUUGCCAAUUGCUAUUGUUCCCUGCUUUCUUCAAAUUGGAUUGGGGUGGUGGGGUUUGUUAUUCUGUUUUCUGUGUUCAAUUUGGCUUUGGUGACAUGUUUUCUUAGGCAAAGUACGUGCAAUGACCAGUUCCAACAGGCAAAGUGAGGCUAAAUUAAUCUUUUUUGUUUCUUCUUUGGGAAGCACAAUCCCUAAAGUUCCAAUUUUUGAAAGAUGAGUGGAGAAGGAGAGGUAUUUAGAGAAUGAGUUCAUCCAGGAAUUUUGAAAUUAGAUAGUCUAUGUCACAUAUGUUACCAAACUUGGAGACCAUGUUCAUUUUAAUUUGUUUAGCUGUCUUGAUUCUUGAUUCCAUUACUGAGUAUGUGCUGUAAUACUUGUAAGUUGCCACAAACUUUUCUUUUUAUAUUAUGAUCUGAAUAUGUGUGAAGCGGAUCUUAAUUAAAACUAAUGGCUGCUGACCUAUGUACAAGAUUUGAGAAUCAACUGAAGGAGUUUUUCCUCUGCAGUGGAGGCGUGAUGUUGCUUUUGCGGGGUUUGAGGUCCCAAUACAAAUGGAUGUCUCAGCAGAGAAAAUGAUUUUUGGAGUUGCAGGUAUUGAUCCUCAAAGAAGAGCCGAACUGAUUAAGGUAAGAUAUGAUACAGUGGAAGAUGCCACCAACUUAACAAGUAACAAGUAAGGUCUGAAGCCUGAGACAGAAACUGUCAUCUAGCUAAUGUAGUUGACCUCUUCAAGAACCUAACUCAUAUUUGUUGUUAGAUAUACCUAAGUCCAUUUAUCAAGAUUACAUGGCAGAUGAUGACAAAAUGUCAAUAUAUGUCAAUAAGUGGU